AUGCAACAUGCUAAUAAGAGGAAAGUCGAAUCAGAGAUAGCUUAUGAAAGAAGAUUGGCGGAUGAUCGUGCACGCCACCUUAUUACAUAUCAUAAUGCAUCUGAUGAACGACGUAUCCACCGAUUAUCACGUGAUCGUCAACAGCACACUAUUGCACGCAAUAACGAAUCAGAUGAACAUCGUAAUCAGAGAUUGACUCACGAUCGUGAACACCAUACUUUAUCUCGCUCACAGGAAUCUAUAUUUGAUCGUGAAACUCGCCUAAUGAUCGACCGAGAACAUCACGCUCUUCAGCGACGAUCAGAAUCUGCAUUCAAACGCGAUGAAAGUAGAGCUGCAGCUAGAAAUAGAUACUACAGGUUAAAGAAGAAAAAAGAAGCAAAUUUAAUGAUGGAAAACGAAAGAAUUUCGGCUCUUCGUGAAUCAGAGUUUAACGACAGACGAACAGAAAGAUUGUCUUUGGAUCGCCAAUGGCAUACCGUCCAUAGACAGUUAGAAUCUGAUUCAGAACAUCAGCAACGAUUAAAUGCUGAUAAGAAUAGACAAACUCAGAGACGAAAUAUCCGUUGGCAAUCAAAAUUGAAUAGUGGUUUCUCCUACGAUCCGUCUAUUAAUUACAAACAGGAAUCUGAUGUUGGUCCAAUGACUAAGGUUUGUAAUUACUGUAAUGCAUUAAAGUGGGUCGGUGAAUCUGUUGGAUUAUGCUGUUCAUCAGGUAAAAUUCGAUUAACACCUUUACUUGAACCUCCCGAACCUUUAAAAUCUCUGCUGGAUGGAAAACACGUUCAAUCAAAAUCAUUUUUGAACGCUGUAAGGUCUUACAACAAUGCUUUUCAGAUGACUUCAUUCGGUGCAAAUAUUGUAUCUGAGGGAAACUUUAUGCCGACUUUUAAAAUCCAGGGACAAACCUACAAAAUAUGCUCCUUCAAGUAUCCUUAUGUGCAUGACUUUAAAUCGGCUUUAGAAUCUAUUCCACUCGAAAACAAAGAUAAUUAUCAAUUAGUAAUCAAUGCAGACCGUAAACCAAUUUCCGAUCAUAAAGGCCGGUAUAAUAAGCCUUCUACAAAUGAAGUAGCUGUAGUGUUAGUUGAUCAAGAGUGUCAAAAGAGAGAUAUUGUUCUAUCUUUGCGUACAGGAGAUCUUCAAAGAAUAAGUGAGACUCACCGGUCGUAUGAUGCCCUUCAAUAUCCACUUAUAUUUUGUCGUGGAGAAGACGGCUAUAAUUUCAAUAUAUUUCAUUCUGGACAACAAGCAGAAGACACGAAUAAAAAAAUUUCAGCUUUACAAUUUUACUGCUACAGACUUAUGAUGAGAUCUAAUGAGUUUAAUAAUUUACACCGUUAUCGUCAAAUUUCAAAUCAAUUUUGGGUUGAUAUGUAUGCGAAAAUUGAAACCGAGCGAUUGUCAUUUAUAAGAAAUAGUCAAAAACAACUUAGAGCCGAAAACUAUAUUCACUUACAAGAUGCUUUGCGCGUUGAAAAGUGGCAGAAACGAGGUCUUCCUCAUGCUCAUAUUCUCUUAUGGCUUGAAGAUAAAGUAACACCUAAUAGAAUAGAUAGUAUUAUAAAAGCAGAAUUUCCUAAUCCUCAGGAGGAUUUAGAUUUAUAUAAUAUUAUUAAAAAACAUAUGAUUCAUGGACCAUGUGGAAUAAUUAAUUCAAAAUCUCCGUGUAUGAAAGACAAUCGUUGUAGUAAACGAUUUCCGAAAGCAUUUGUAAAUGAAACGAUAACUGGAGAGGAUGGCUAUCCAUCUUACCGGCGGAGAUCAACGGAAGCGGGAGGAUUUGUCGCUCAAGUUAAGGUAAAUGGAAAUAAUAUAGAAGUAGAUAAUCGUUGGAUCGUCCCUUAUUCACCAGUAUUAUCCCGAACUUUUGAAACACAUUUAAAUGUCGAGUAUUGUAGCAGUGUGCAAUCUAUAAAAUACAUUUGUAAAUAUGUGAAUAAAGGAAGUGAUCAAGCAACGUUUGGACUUAAAAAUGAAAACGAUGAGAUAACGAAAUACCAAUCUGGGAGAUACAUUAGUACCUCAGAAGCAACUUGGCGUAUAAUGUCUUUCCCAAUACAUGAGAGAUUUCCUCCCGUGGUUCACUUGGAUGUUCAUUUAGAAAAUGGACAGCGAGUAUAUUUCAACACAGAAAAUGUUAUUGAUCAAAUUACUAAUCCCAAAAACACAACAUUAUUGGCCUAUUUUCAAUUAUGCCGAGAGGAAAUUUUCGCAAAGACACUUUUAUAUGACGAAGUACCUGCAUAUUAUAUAUUUGAUAAACAAUCUAAAGUAUUCAAGAGGAGGAAAAGAGGAAAUCCUGUUGAAGGUUAUCCUGGUAUUUUUAAAGAACACGUUAUUGGAAGAGUAUACACAAUUCAUCCUGGUAAUACAGAGUGUUAUUUCUUACGUCUAUUACUUCACACCGUUAGAGGCCCAACAUCUUUUAAAGAUAUAAGAACAGUUAAUGGUGUGGUAUAUCAAUCAUAUCAAGCAGCUUGCAAAGCUCUUGAUCUUAUUGAAGAUGACUCCCAUUGGGAUGAAACUUUAAAAGAAGCGUGUGUUACCGAUAGUCCAUUUAAACUAAGGCAACUUUUUGCAAUUAUUGUAGUAUUUUGUCACCCUUCUGACCCUAAAGAAUUAUGGACAAAGUAUAAAAAAUAUUUAUAUGGAGAUUAUGGAAGAAAAUUGAUAAGAAGUUUUCCUGAUAUUGAUUUAAAUUUACAUAAAGAAGAGCUUGAGAAUCGUUGUCUCAUAGACUUAGAAAAUACAAUUAUUUCUAUCGGGGGAAAACCUUUAGAUCAAUAUGGAAUGCCGAUACCGAAUAUUAAUGAUAAUUUUCAGAUAAACAGAGAAUAUCUAGCUGAAACAAGUUAUGACAAAUCGAUACUGAUGGCUUUUUUAGAGGUAGUGGUAAAAUUGCGCUUGCAGUAG